UAUAUGUAUAGGCUCUUCUGCCUCAUUGUACAGACAGAACAGCAAACUAUACAACACAUUCCAAGUCUACAUUGCCUAGCAUCUGAACACCUUACCACAACAGCUAUCCUAACUAGCAUUACCACUCUUCCUCACGAUGUCUGUCUAUCAAUUCUACAUUCCACCAAAGGAGAUAUCCUUCCGUCUCAAGAACUACCUCUCCAAGAAAGUCCUCUACUCCAAAAAGGGUGACUUUGGCCACUACGACGGCGGCAUCAACGACGACCAGUACUGGCAACUCAUUCCCGGCACCGGCGAGUACGAGGGCUACUACAUGGUCAAGAGCAAGAACACCAGCGAAUGCCUCUUCUCCCGCACCAAAAAGACGCCCAACGUCGACACGACCAGCGGCAACGGCAAAUGGCGCGACAACUGGUUCAAGCUCGAGCCCGGCACCGGCGACCGCGCAAACUACUUCCGCCUCAGGAACUUGGACAGCAACACCGUCGUCUUCUCGCGCACGGAGAAGAAGCCGUACGUCGGCAACUUUGGCGCCGACGGCGACAAGUUCGACGACCAGUACUGGAGCUUCGAGUUCGAGGACAUGGAGUUUGUCAGCAUCGACUACCGGAUCGAUCAGCAGAAGGCCCUGUCCAGCAAGCCCGUGUCCAUCGCGCACAAGACGCUGGUCAACGAGAACGGCGAGAAGGACCUGACGAUGGUGGUCGUGCUCGCGAAGAACAUGACCAUGACGUCGAUCCACGAGUACACGAACGGCAUCAGCGUCAAAGGCACGUAUUCGUUCUCAUCGCUGGCAUCCAUCAUCGGCACUUCUCUCGAGAUCGGGGCGUCAAAGGAGUGGAAGGUGGGCGAGCACACCACCACGACUACGGUGUUCGAGGACCGUCCCGAGCUAACUGCUGCACCUGGCUAUGUGACCACGGGGGAGAUCGUCUCGACGCAGAAGGAACUCGAGAUUCCCUACACCAUGGUGCUGAAGUCCAAAUCGACCGGUUACGAAGUGAAGUCUUCUGGUACGUACAAGGGCGUCACUUACUGGGACACCAAAACCACCAUGUAUACGAAACUGCUGUCUGAAGACAGGAGCUUGGACGAGGGAGAGGGAGAGGGCGAGGCUCAGACGAGGAAUACGUGCAGGACGAACCAGCUCCCGGAAAUGAAGAGCCCGCCCAAGAAGAAUCCGUCUACGCGCAGAACGACGAAUAUGCACCACCAGAAGAACAAGGUGCAUCUUACGAUGAGACUGCACAGGACACACAGGACGGACAGUACGCACAGGAUGGACGGGAGGGCGGCUGGGAUGCGCCACGAUACCGGUACUAGGCAUUUCGAAGCGGACUGGUCUCACGACACCCAUCAUUGACGUCAUUCUUUAGUUAUAUCGCUCUGUUUGGCAUUUCGUGUUAGAUCUCCUUUCUCGCUUAUAUAUACGCACCACAUUCAGUAAUAGAAUCAUAAUUCGUCGUCAUCCGUAUCAUCCUCGUCCAUGCUACGCACAACCUGUGCUUUCCCUGUGCUUGCUUUACUAGCCGCAGAUGGUUUCAUAAAUGGCAGCUCGCGCGGUGGCGGCAAGUCUUUGAGAGAAGUAGCCUUCUUACCAGCCUC